AUGGCGAAUGGUCUCGCUCUCAUCACUUAUGUCAAGUACUACGACGCGGAGCUGAUCAAAUGCAAAGACGGAUCUAAAUCCUUCACCAGAGAUCGUCUCAACGACGAUUUCUGCGAUUGCGCUGAUGGCACUGAUGAACCCGGAACUUCUGCAUGUCCAGCUAGCAAAUUCUACUGCAAAAAUACAGGCAGUACACCCAGAUUCUUGUUUUCUUCUCGAGUGAAUGAUCAGAUUUGUGACUGCUGUGAUGGAAGUGACGAAUAUGAUGGAACUGUCAUUUGUCCUAACAAUUGCGUCAUGGGUGGGAAUAUUGCAUAUCAGAAAAUAAAUUAUGACUUAGAAAGUAAUCAGGAACUGGAUUUUAUUAACUCAAGAAAAACCAAACCUGGAAAUAAGAUGGAGGACUCAUCACAGAAACUUAAAAAAGAGGAAGUAAUUGCUGCCAUUACACGUUACUUCUUGGGAGUGAUGGAUGGAAGAUGGAACAUUUUGCCAACAUAA